AUGAGCUCGCCAGAUGGGCGUACCCGGUCUGGUUCCAGCUCUACUGAUCCUUUCUCGAAUCCAGAUGUCUACUAUGGCAAGGAGGAUAAUAUCAAGAAGUUCAAGGCGAGAAGACGUGCAUUCUCGGUGGGUUUGAACGACUACAGUCGCGAGGACAUCAAUCAAUUCUUUGGAACCUUACCCUCUCGACGCGGUAGUCACGAUGAGGCAUCGGGACAACCUCGGAAGUUCCUUAUUGAGGUGGACAACACACUUGCAACUCUCUUGAAGCAGGAAGAUACGGAUCAGAAUAUGCAGAUCACCAUCGAGGACUUGGGACCUAAGGUGAUAUCGGUCGGGACUGCAGCAUCAUCUGGACAUAAGCGAGUUGAUGUGCGAGGCACAUACAUGCUAUCCAACCUCCUCCAAGAGCUUACAAUUGCCAAAGACUACGGUCGCAAGCACAUUAUCCUUGAUGAAGCACGACUGAGCGAAAAUCCAGUGGCGCGGCUAUCUCGUCUCAUUAAGAACUCCUUUUGGAAGGCCCUCACAAGACGUAUUGAUGGAUCCAACAUUGAAGUUGCAGGUCGAGACCCCAAAGAUUGGACUGCGGACCCGCGACCUCGGAUCUAUGUCCCGCCGGGUGCUCCAACGCAGUUCGAAUACUAUGAGCAGAUUGCGAAAGAUCACCCCGAGCUGCGUCUUGAUGUGCAGAUGCUGCCGGCUGUAAUCACGUCCGAUUAUGUGAUGGAACUUAACGACAAGCCUGGCCUCCUUGCACUGGCUAUGGAGAAGAAGCUUAACGAAUCCACCGGGGAGACUGAUCUGGUCGGUGUGCCAUUCGUAGUGCCCGGUGGUCGGUUCAACGAGCUCUACGGUUGGGAUAGCUAUAUGGAGUCCUUGGGACUGCUUGUCAGCGACCGCGUCGACCUCGCUAAGGGCAUGGUAAUCAAUUUCUGUUUCGAGAUCAAGCACUACGGCAAGAUCCUCAACGCAAACCGAUCUUACUACCUCACUCGCUCGCAACCACCUUUCCUCACCGACAUGGCACUGCGUGUCUACGAAAGAAUCAAAACCGAGUCCGAUUCCAAGGAGUUCCUGCGAAACGCUGUCCUCGCUGCCAUCAAGGAGUACAAUAGCGUCUGGGUUACCGCGCCUCGCCUCGACCCAGAGUCUGGCCUGUCGAGGUAUCGUCCUGAAGGUUGGGGCGUACCCCCAGAGACCGAGCCCUCUCACUUCGUACAUAUCCUCGGCCCAUAUGCCCAGAAGCACGGAAUGACCUUUGAGGAAUUUGUCAAGGCAUACAACUCCCGGACUAUUGUCGAGCCCAAACUCGACGAGUACUUCAUGCAUGACCGAUCCGUCCGCGAGUCCGGCCAUGACACCAGCUACCGCUUGGAGGGCGUAUGUGGAAAUCUCGCCACAGUCGACCUCAACUCCCUGCUGUACAAAUACGAAGUGGACAUCGCACGGAUCAUCCGCGUACACUUCAACGAUAAACUCCCCAUCCCAGCAGAGUUCCGCACCCCCAAACCAAGGACAUCGAAACCGAUCUGGGACCGACGUGCACGCAAGCGCAAGCAGCGCAUGGACCAGCUCCUCUGGAACCCCGAGAAGGGCAUGUACUUCGACUACGAUACAGCCAAGAAGGAGCGCACGGAAUACGAAACCGCCACUACCUUCUGGGCAAUGUGGGCUGGUCUCGCAUCUCCUGCGCAAGCAGCUAUAAUGGUCGAAAGGGCCCUGCCCCGGUUCGAGGCGUUCGGCGGCUUGGUCUCUGGCACCGAGGAGUCGCGCGGUGCAGUGGGCUUGGAGCGCCCCAACCGACAGUGGGAUUACCCGUACGGCUGGGCGCCACAGCAGAUGCUUGCUUGGACGGCCUUCCUCCGCUACGGCUACCAGGAGGAGGCGGAGCGGCUGGCGUACAAGUGGGUUUACAUGAUCACCAAGGCGUUUGUUGACUUCAACGGCGUUGUCGUGGAGAAGUACGAUGUCACUCGUCCUAUUGAUCCGCACCGGGUCGAUGCCGAGUAUGGCAAUCAAGGCACGGACUUUAAGGGAGCUCCGCGUGAAGGAUUCGGCUGGGUGAAUGCUAGUUAUGUCUACGGACUGGAGAUUCUCAAUGCCCACAUGAAACGCUCGUUGGGGACUAUCACUCCGUACGAGACGUACCAUAAGGCAGUUGUUGCUCAGGAGGUUUGA